AUGAAUAAAAUCAGGCAAGAGAUAACUCCUUUUUAAAAGGAAAUAAUUCUAUAUUAUUAAACAAGUAAGGUAAUAUUGAUAUCAUCUUAGAGUUUGAAAACAAUUAAGGAUAGUAGUAAGCAAUUAUAUGUUGUUUCCAAAUAGUGGUUUCGCUAAUGGUAAUACUACGUUGAGUAUAUAUAAGGGAUUGCGCCAAACGAGAAGAGAGAGAAGCCUGGAGCAUUGAAUUGCGACUUGUGUAGUAAAGAGAAUUUUCUAUUAAAAUACCCUAGAGAUAAUUCCUUCAAUUAAUAAAUUAUAAAAUUAUAGUCUGAAGAUUUUAUUUUGGUAAAUAAACUAAUGAUUGAUGUCUGGGGAACUGAAUAUGGUGUUGGGAUGACUAUACCAAGAAAUGUAUAUUUCAAUUAACAAGGUGUUCCUUCUUUAAAUGUAAAUUUAUUAAGAUAAUCUGUAUAUAUUAAUGUACUAAACCCACAAAGAGGAGUUCUAUAGGUAGAUUAAGAUUGCAUUAUAAAAUAAUGGAUAUAACUAUUGUGCUUGGCAAUUAAAAAUGAAUUUUAAGUCAAUGUUGAAUAGAUUAGAUUAUGGAAACAUAAGCAUUUUUAAGCUGAUUAUGCUAUUAAAUAGUUGGAGAAGCAUUAGGGACAUUUCAAUGGAGAAAUUUUAAAUGAAAAUCUUACUAUUGGAUCUUAUAAUGCAGAUUUAAUAAUUAUUGAUAUCUAAAUAGAUGGAAAAUGGCAAUAUGAUUAAUUGGAUAUCAAAAUUUCUUGUUCUGAGGAUUUUAGACACAUUUACUAGAAAGCAUCAAAAGGAUGUGGUAAAUUUAUUUGUGAUAGGAAUUAUUGCAAAAGUAAUCCGAUAUUUUCCUAAAUUGAAUUUGAUAGGAAAACUCUAUAAUACUAUUUAAUUGAAUAGUUUAAGUAGGAUUACUUAGAUUGGACAACUGUAUGUUGGAAUUAGAUUAAUGAAUUAAAACCUAUUCAAUAAUUACAGGAUAAUGAUAAUAUAGUUGUUGCUUUAACUGAGUUGUCCAUUUUUCCAAAUAGUUUUGGAGCAUCUUUUAUUCUAAAUUUUAAUAAUUGCUAUGAUGUUAUUAAUUAUAAAAAUUCAAAUCCUGAAUUGAAUUUAUCAGCUAUUUAAUUGGUGAAUGAUGUAUUAGAUGCAAAAACUCUUAAACUAUGGAUGGAAAAUUUGGUUUCAAAUUACAAAUAAAGUAUAUAUUUUGUAAGAGCUAUUAUUAUUAUUAUGCAUUUUAAAUGCUUCAAUAAUUUAUUAUAUUAAGAAGGGAAUAGAAUUAUAGAAGUGUUUCUAAUUUUAAGUAAAGAAGAUAAGGAUCUUUUAUCAAAUUAUCUUAAAAUAUUGCCUGAUGAAUAUUUCAUCAGAUAUACUUCAACAAUUAUUGAAAUUAUGGGAAAUUACUUAAAAUAACAAUCAAAGAAACAUAUACCAUUAUUAAAAAAAACAGAAAUCCAAUUUGUUAAACAAAUGCUUGAACUCUUAUAGGUAUUUUAUAAUUCUAAUAAAACUCUUAAACUAUUAAAUCUAACUAGAUUUCAAAUAUCAGAAAUUGCUACAUUGUAUCCAAAAUAUGGUAAUUAGUUAGAAUACAUUUAAUUCGAUAGUUAUAGUAUAUAAAACUUAGAAAGAUAUUAUUUUACUUUUUGUCAAUAUCCAUGGGUGAUACCUCUGGAAUUCAAAAGUGAAAUUCUAGCCAUCGAUUCUAAAAUGAAUUAAAAGAGCUAAUUUCAAAAUUCAUUUAUGUUUUAUUAACCAUUUUUAUAAUUGAUGAUUGAUCGUAAUGAUGUUGUUACUAGUGCUUUAGUAUCCCUAUCAAGAAAGGAUAUUAACUUAAAGGCUUAACUUUAAAUUGUAUUUUAAGGAGAACAAGGUAUCGACUAAGGAGGGUUAGCAAGAGAAUUCUUCUCUUUAUUGACAUAAAAGUUAUUUGAUAUAAAUUUUGGAAUGUUUGUUCCCAAAAAUAAUAACUCAAUAUUAUGGUUUAAUAAAAAUAAUAUGGAAAUGCCAUUUAAAUAUGAGUUGAUUGGCAUGAUUCUAGGAUUAGCAUUAUAUAAUUAAGUGUGUUUGGAUCUCUAAUUUCCAGAAGUCAUUUUUAAAAAAUUGAUGAAUGAGCCCACUUGUCUUGAAGAUUUAAAAGAAUUAGAUCUCGAAGUUUAUAAAGGACUCAAUGCUCUUGCUUAAUAUGAAUAAGAUAAUAUCGAGGAUGUAUUUGCUUUGAAUUUUACUAUUACUGAAACAAUACGGGAUGACAUUAUUAAUGUGGAAUUACUUCCUAAUGGAACUGAAAUAAUGGUAACACAAUAAAAUAAGCAUGAAUAUAUAAGAUUAUGCACUAACUAUUAUUUAAAUCUGUAAAUUGAAACAACAUUUAAUUCUUUUAAAUAAGGAUUUUGGAGAGUGGUGGAGGGAAAUGGAAUUAAAUUAUUUUCAGGCUCCGAAUUACAAUAAUUAAUUGUUGGAUAAAAAAACUUGAAUCUUAAGGAAUUAGAGGAUUCAACAGAGUAUGAUGGGUUCGAUUACAAUUCUGAAUACAUAAAAUAAUUUUGGACAUUUUUAAGAACACUAAAUGAAGAAUAAUAAAAAAGAUUUUUGUUUUUUUGCACUGGUUCUGAUAGAAUUCCUGUAGGUGGUUUAAAAUCAUUAAAAUUCUUAAUUUAAAAACAUGGAGAAGAUUCGGAAUAAUUGCCAUCAGCUCAUACCUGUUUUAAUGUAUUAUUACUGCCAUAGUAUGAUUCAAUUGAUAAAAUGAUAAUGAAACUGCAAAUAGCAUUAUAAAAUUGUGAAGGAUUUGGAUUGAUGUGA